CCGUUUCACACAACGACCCGCGCCUAUCACUACUCUUGCGCCCUGGACAUGAACCUUCCACUCUCUCGCAACCACCCAACUACGCUUCACCAGACCCACACAACAGCCCCUCGCCCACCCUUCCACUUGCAUACACACACGUCGCGCCUGCCUUACAUGUCGACUGGCCAGAGUAUAGCGUCUCCUCGCGCCCCGCGCGGCCAGCGCCAGCCGAGCGCAGCACAGCCCGGACAGGAGAACAGCAACAACGCCAGACAGUCACAGCGCCGGCCGAGGGGCGGCAGGAAUCACCACAACGCUGCGCAUGCCUCCCCGACCAAGGCGCCAAAUUUCGACCCCUCAUUGUCAGAGGGCGGCGGCGCCUACACCACCGACGAUGCCCGAGCACCCCCUCGCAGCGCGAAGAAGCACACGCGCGGACAGUCUUCGCACGAUCGCACCUUCUCGCCCAUGGGUGCGCAAACCUCCUUGACCGACACCGAAGCCGGCCUGAAUCGUGCCUCUGCCACACCCAUGAAGAUCCAAGGCGCAUAUGCUGGUCCUACCUUCCACGCUUCUCCUGCGCCUUCGGCCUUGCCCAUCCCCAAGUUCCUGUCACGCUCGGUGCCAGCAAAGCCUGCGCCAGGUCCGCCUACGCCGCCUCCGGACAACAGCUCCGGCUCCGACUCUGCGAGCCCGUCUCCUUCGCCGUCCCGCGCACCCAUAGCCAUUCCUGCACGUCAUGACGACUCUCCACUCGACAUGCUUUUCAGGGCCGACAAGGCUGAGAGGGCCAAGAACACCGCCUUCAGCCCCAAUCAGGCUCCAGUCAGGCCCCAGCAACUUCAGCAAGAGUACAAUGUCUUCCCCAUCGAGCUCGACGGAGAGGGCAGGAACUCACACAUGUCUCCACCUCCCUUUCAAUCGCCCGGUGGACACCGUUCUGUGACAGAUCCUUCGAGGGUGCCGCAACUCAAGGAUGUGCAACAGCCGAACAAUGGAAACGGCGUUAUGCAGGACCUCAUGAACAGGUUGUCCAUGUCGCAGAAGAACCCGCAGGCUCCCAUGGAAACGCCGCCUCGACAAGCGCUGCAGGCUCCAGGCAAUUUCCAGUCGCCUCAGUUUACACCUUCUCCUUUCCACACUGGCCGACCUUCGGCCAACCGCAGCGUUUCAGGUCCUACGACGCCAGCGCAGGCCCCUCAGGACGGUCCAGACUUCUUCUACGGCAACCGCAACCUUUCACCGAUGUUCAAAGCAGCGCAGGGUGACACGCCGAAGCGCAACUCUGGCUUGCGUACUGAGGUCACUGCGGACUCUCCUACUGUUCAGCAGAACAUGUUUCAAGACUUCCCUUCUAUUGCUUCUGCAAACGCUAUGGAUCCCAACGUGUUCUCGCGCGAUCAGCCCGCUAGUGGAGGUCAAGGGCCGACAAACACGCGUCGUGGGUCUGUACCUUACGGCCAAACCCAGCAGAGGCAGCCCAACAAGCACGUCACGCAGACGCCUGGCCGAUAUCAGCAACGCCAGGAUAACCAUCAGCGCGGCAGGGGCAACUUCCACGGACAGGGUCCCAAGCACGGCAAGCCAGCGGCCAAUGCCCCUCCGGCAACUGCGCCCAGGCCCGCUACGACUAUGAUGUCUUUCGUACCUGCCUCAGUAUCCGCGAAGCCGAAGGCAAAGCUGGCAGAGCAGCUGGCUGCUUCUGCGCCUCCGGCGACGGCCGUCCCACCUCCCAAGACUUCAACAACCGAUACGUUGGCUCUAGAGCAGGAUCUCAAGCGCAUGCUCAACCUUAACCUUACCGGAGAAGGCGUUCGAUAG